AUGGCUACACCGACCCAGGACCCGAAACUCGCCGACCUUCAGCGGAACGCCCAAUCGCUGAGGCUUCAGAGGGAGCGUAUCUACACCGUCGCACAAGAGAUACUCGACAUAUCUAACAAGGACGUUACUGACAGAAAUCAUCACAUGUACGCUGGAGACUUGGAUCGCCUCAUCAAGAUCCAAGCGGACUACGACAACAUACAACAGCGUAUCGUGGAUUUCAACAUCGGAGCCCCGAAAGAUCUUCAGAUGUCAGUUUCAUCCGCUCAGAAAAGCUUUGACCAACUUGUCCGUUGCGCUCAGAUGAACUUACUGAAGUUCAGGAAUUCCGGCGCCACGCCAGUUCCCGCCAAAGCCUCCGAGACCGGAAUCAAGUUACCGCCGAUCGCCGUUCCCCAAUUUUCAGGUGACCCAUCAGAAUGGGCCACAUUCCUCAACAUUUACAACGCCGCAGUCCACAACAACCAAGCAAUUCCCAAGGUUGUCAAGCUGUCGCGUUUAAUGACCUACUUGUCAGGAGAACCCCGUCAGAUGAUUGGCACCAUGGAGAUCACCGAAGCGAACUACGAUUCAGCCUACACCAUGCUCCUCGAGCGUUACCACAACAAGAAGAAAUGCAUCCUGACGCAGUAUACCGGAUUGCUGAACCUGGGAAAUGUAAGCACGCCUGCUCAACUAUCUAAACUCCUGGCUCGCCUGCGGGAGCACAUGCACGCCCUGGACGCGCUGGGCCACCCGCCUAACAAAUACUCACCCAUGCUGGUGGCCAUACUUUACGAGAAGCUGUCAGCUGACUACCGCCGGCGCCUGGACGACUUCCGGGCGUCUCCGACUGACUACCCCGACAUCGAAGAAAUAAUCGAAUUUUUGAAAGCUGAAUGUGCGCUAAUCUUGGAUAACCCAACUUCGGAGCAGUCAUACCAGGCGAAUCAAGUUCUAAUCGCCAAAGAUGGACAACAGAGACCCGACAGCAGGAACCAAGCAGCUCCACCCGGGCCGCCGUACCCCGGAACCCGCCUCUGCAGUAGUUGCAGGGGCCCCCACCUGACAUUCCAGUGCGAAUCUUUCAAUAGCCUAACUGUUUCCCAGCGCCGUCAGGAAGUUAAGAAAAAGAAUCUCUGUUUCAACUGCCUUUCAGACAAACAUCAGGAGAAAAACUGCACCUCCAAGCGAGGAUGCCGCGUCUGCAAUCGGCGACAUCAUUCCAUGCUGCACAUGGACACCACAACUGCGUUAUUCUCAACGCCGCCGACAGAUCCACCUUCAGACGAGCAACCAGUCGCAACCUCGGCGUUCGCCGCGGCGAGCGAGAAAUCGACUACAGUGCUGCCAACCGCUCAGAUCAUUGUCUCAUCACCCGGGGGAACGCAGCUAACAGUAAGGGCGCUGUUCGACUGCGGGGCACAGAACACGUUUAUGACAAGCCGCACCUGUGCGCUUCUCGGGCUAAAGCCGUAUCGAUCCACCACGGCCGUCACUGGUCUCUCUCAGAAUUCUAUAUCAGUAGAAGGAAAUACGCUCGUUAACCUCCUCACGCGAGAUGGGAAAUUGGUCAGACACAACCAUCCUGUCAUCGUUAUCAAGAACAUCACAAGCCGAGUUCCUUCGGCACAGCUAGCACCCCAAAUUCGGACAGUCUGCUCCACAUACCCAUUAGCGGACCCAACCUUUGACGCUCCAGGCUACGUAGACGUUCUCUUAGGCUGCGACGUCCUACCGUACUUGAUCACAGGUGAAAAGGUGGACUUUGGCGUCUCCCAUCCGACUGGCUUGGGUACUGUCUUCGGCAUUAUGUUACUAGGGCCAGCGCACAGUUUGAUUGCCCCGGACGCUCCCGAAGCAGCCCUCACCUCUACAGCGCUCUUGUGCCAAACCGAAUUCCCAUGCCUAAGAACGCUAUCUGAGAAGCUUGAAAAAUUCUGGGAACUUGAAGAAGUGAAAGCCUCACCCCAACCCAGAACACCAGAAGAAGAAGCCGCCGAAAGAUUCUACGAAGAGACUACCAUUCAACAACCGAACGGCAGAUACCAAGUCCGCCUACCAUUCAAGGAAAACCACCCACCCCUUGGAAAUUCCAGAAAUCAGGCAGAGAACCGUUUCAGAGCACUAGAGCGCCGCCUGGCCAAAGACCCCGCCUAUAAGGAAGCCUACGUCAAAUUCAUGAGAGAAUACGAAGCAAAUAACUUUAUGACAAAGUUGCAUAAUUUCCCACCAGCCUCUUCGCAAGUUGCUGAACCUUGCUUCUAUUUGCCACACCACGGUGUAUUCAGAGAAAGCUCAUCCACCACCAAACUUCGUGUGGUCAUGGACGGCUCAGCAGCUAGCCACAAUGGCGUCUCCCUGAAUAAUAUAGUCUUGCCGGGACCCAAACUCCAGAACGACAUACGAUCCAUACUUAUAAAUUUCCGCCGCCACAAAGUCGUCUUUUCCGCCGAUAUACGGCAAAUGUUCCUUCAAAUUGAUCUGCACCCCGAUGACCGAAAAUACCAACUUAUUUUAUGGCGGGAGAGUCCGGAAAUGGAGCUGUGCACGUACUCGCUAAACACAGUGUCCUUUGGAAUAUGCUGCUCACCCUUCCUAGCCAUUCGCACCAUCCUGCAAUUGGUUAAAGAUCACGGACACAAAUACCCAGAUGCCGCAAAGACCCUGCUGGAAGCCAUUUUCGUAGACGACAUCUGCGACGGCGACGACAACAUUCAGCUAGCCAAAUUGAAGUUGGAAGCCUUAAUAGCACUCCUUGCUCUCGGCGGAUUUUCCCCCCGUAAAUGGACGUCGAACUACCCAGAAUUACUGGAGGGCCUUCCGGUCGAAGACCUGGAGCUACCGUGCCUAGACGACCCCGAAAAUCCGAGCCACGGCAUCCUCGGUGUCACAUGGCUUCCCCGAAGGGAUUCCUUCACCUACAGGAUUCAUAUUCCGCCGCCCGCCGCAACAAAACGAGGGAUCCUGUCCGCCGUCGCAUCCAUUUACGAUCCAUGCGGUUGGAUCGCCCCGACCGUAUUCCUGUUCAAAUCUUUUCUGCAAGAACUGUGGCGAUUGAACAUCGCUUGGGACGACCCGCUCCCCGCAGCGGUCAAACAAAGAUGGGAAAAUUGUUUAACCCUGUUGCCAAGCCUGAAGGAAGUGUCUAUACCCAGACUUAUGCACAUGCCAGGAGCCUCUUCUUUCCAACUACACGGUUUCUGCGAUGGUUCGGAGCUAGGAUACUGCGCAGUUCUAUAUCUGAGGUCAGCUAUCAGUGCUGAAUCCCCAGCCGAAGUCAACCUGGUUAUGGCAAAAACUCGUGUUGCUCCUCUGAAGCGAGUAACCCUCCCGAGACUCGAACUAUGUUCCGCUACCCUCCUAGCAAGAAUGCUGAAAGACUUUUUACCGCAGCUACGGAAACUGUACAACUUGGAGGAAGUACGCUGUUGGUCCGACUCAACUGUCACCUUGUCAUGGAUCGAGCAACCGGCAUACCGCCUGAAAACCUUCGUAGGAAACAGAGUUAUCACCAUACAAGAAGUUGGAGCCGAAAUUGGCUGGAGCCACGUACGUUCGCUGGACAACCCUGCCGACUGCGGUACAAGAGGAGUCCCACCCGACAAGAUGUCAUCCCACCCGCUAUGGUGGCACGGACCUGCGUGGCUAUCGGAACCCAAGAGUUUAUGGCCGAUACCGCUUACGACUCCAUCAGCACCACCCAAGGAAGCCCUAUCUGAGAUGAGAGAACCCGCCACGGUUCUACUAGUCAGCGAACAGUCCCGCCCCGAACUCUUUCCCGAAUUCUCCUCCUGGUCACGAGCAAUACGAGUGCUAGGAUGGAUCGCACGUUUUGUAAAAAAUUGUCAAUCUCGAAACCACGGGCCGAUUACAGAACGCCGAGAAGUAAGGAAAUUCGGACCCCAAACCCACCCCCCGACCACAGAGGAGAGAGCUAAGGCUCAGUACUGGCUUCUUAAGUACAUACAAAAUAAACACUUCGCCGACGACAUAAAGUGCCUGCAAAAGAAGACAGCGUGCUCUAGGGCACUCCAAACUCUAAACCCGUUCAUUGAUGACAAAGGGCUCGUUCGAGUCGGUGGCCGCUUGCGGCACGCAGACCUUAGCGAGGACGCACGACACCCUAUACUUCUGCCAGCCAAGGAACAACUAGUCCGUUUGCUGAUACGGUAUUAUCAUUUCGAGAACCUACACGCUGCGCCCCGCCUCUUGCAAGCAACGCUGGGCAGAGAAUUCUGGAUCAUCGCCGCUCGUCAAGCCAUCAGAGCAUGCGUUCACAAGUGCGUAGUUUGCUUCAAAACAGAACCUAGACAAGCAAUUCCACUGAUGGGCGACCUGCCAAGAGCGAGAGUCACCCCGUCACCGCCGUUCGCGAAAACAGGAAUGGAUUACGCGGGACCCUUCCAAGUUAAAAUUCACCAGCUGCGGUCUGCAAAGCACGUAAGCGCAUACCUGUGCAUCUUCGUCUGCUUUGCAACCAAAGCAGUACAUCUGGAAGUCGCCUCCGAAUUAACCUCCAGAGCCUUCAUCAGGGCACUAGAAAGAUUCACCGCAAGGAGAGGCCGUCCAACCGACUUAUUCUCGGACUGCGGAAAGAAUUUCAUCGGAGCAGCCAAUCACCUUGCAAAAUUAGUCAAAGACGCAGAGGAAGACCUGAGGGAGUAUUUUCAAAGGAACACCAUUAAGUUCCAUUUUCAACCGCCCUCAGCGCCACAUCAAGGUGGCCUGUGGGAAGCAGCGGUUAAAUCGGCAAAGAGACAUCUCUCUCGAGUCAUUGGAAACUCUACACUCACGCUUGAGGAAUUCCAAACGCUCUGUUGCAGAACAGAAGCGAUGCUAAACUCCCGACCGCUGACUCCAAUGUCCGCCGACCCGAACGACUUGCAGCCGUUAACCGCCGGACAUUUUCUGAUUGGCCGACCCAUGAACGCUAUACCCGCACCGGAAAUCGUCGACGAAGACUUACCGAAGCUCCAACGAUGGUACCUGGUAGAAGGUAUGUUCCAGAGUAUCUGGCGCCGCUGGUCCGCCGAAUACUUGCAAACUUUGCAGCCCAGGGGGAAAUGGACCCAAGACACACCGCCGCUCGCAAUCGGAAAACUGGUCCUCAUUCAGGAACCCAAUUCACCGCCGCUCGCCUGGACACUCGGACGAAUCGUCAAGAUCCAUCCCGGCGCCGACGAAAGAGUACGAGUCGCAACUGUACGCACCCCCCAAGGGAAACUACUCCGGCCGGUCCACAGGCUUUUCCCACUUCCAUUGGAAGACGCAUGA